AUCUGUGAUGAGAUGACAAAUUUUCCGACGGAUGUAGGUAAUAAGCGAAUGUACAGCGUAGAAUCCACAUAAAAAGUGUUGAAGAAGAUUAUUCUCUGCUAGUUUCUGGGAGGUAUCACUGGCAAAGCGCAAAACCCAUAUUUGUUUGGUUAUCGUUGCCGUUAUGGAUGCAAAAAAACCAUUAUUCAGAGAUUUGGCAGGAGACGAUCCCGAUCCCGAAGUUACGGAAGUCGAAUCUAUGUGCGUUAGUUGUGGAGGAAACGGAAAAACACGGCUACUGUUAACCAAAAUUCCAUUUUACAAAGAUGUUAUACUCAUGUCUUUCAUUUGCGACGAGUGCGGCUAUCAAAAUAAUGAAUUACAAUCUGGCGCCGUAAUUUCGGAACGAGGAGUGAGAAUCACGCUUUCCGUCGUAGACGUUAAAGAUUUAAACAGGCAAUUAGUCAAAAGUGAUUAUACAAGCUUGAAAAUACCGGAAUUGGAUUUUGAGAUACCUCUGAAGAGUCAAACGGGUGAAGUUACAACGGUCGAAGGUAUACUUGACCGUUGCAUAACGGGAUUACAGCAGGACCAACCUGCGAGAGUGAUUGAACACCCGGAAGUAGCCAGACAAAUUGAUAGUUUUGUCGACCAAUUGAGAGAACUGAAAAAUGUAAAAUCGCCAUUUACAUUAGUUUUGGAAGAUAUAUCCGGCAACAGUUUCAUAGAAAAUCCCAGAGCUCCCGACGAAGAUCCUCAAUGUGUGACUAAAUAUUUCAAAAGAACCAAAGAGCAGGAUCACGAACUGGGCAUUUUUACGCCAAAAGAGGUUUCUGAUGAGACAGAAGUGGAAGAAACAUCAGUGUUACAUCCAGUUGGUGAUGGUGAUUUUACUUUAGAAGACAUUGAGGGUGAAGUAAUGCAGUUUUCUACAAACUGUCCGAGCUGUGGGUCUCCGACCAAAACGAAUAUGAAAGCUACCAACAUUCCCCAUUUUAAAGAAAUAAUCAUUAUGGCCAUGACUUGCGAGGUAUGCGGAUACAAAACAAACGAAGUAAAAUCAGGAACGGGCAUUGAGCCAAAAGGGGUUCGCAUCGAAGUUGAAGUCAAGACAAAAGAGGACUUUUCCAGAGACGUUCUAAAAUCGGAAACGUGCGAUUUGAAAAUACCAGAGUUGGACUUGAAAGUUGGACCUUAUGCACUCGCGGGGCGAUUCACCACUAUAGAAGGGCUAAUUAUCGCGGUUAAGGAACAGCUGAGCGAUCCCAAUUAUUCCCAUAUAUUCGGUGAUUCUGAAGAUACAUUAACAAAGGAAAAAUUCCAACACUUUUUGAAGAAAUUCGAUGCCAUUCUCGAGAACAAAAUUCCCGUAACGAUAUCCCUAGACGAUCCCGCGGGGAAUAGUUACAUUCAAAGCAUGGCGGACGGCAACGAACUAGACAAAAGGUUGCGAAUAACGCAUUAUGAGAGAAACUUCGAACAAAACGAGGAAUUGGGACUUAACGAUAUGAAAACGGAAAAUUAUGAAAUAGGUGAUAAAUAAUAAAUGAAUUUACUGUGUGGAAGGUAUUUUUGUUUUGGUUAUCGAGGAGUCAACCGCUGUACCCAAUACUUUCAACCGUGCAAAUGGAUCGCAUGCGAAAUCACUCCCAAUCUGGGGAAUCUCGCGAAAUCUCAAAGGAAAUUAGGGGGAUGGGACGUCAUCAUUGUGUUAACCAAUAAAAAUGCAGGACCAAUAUGUGUCAAUAAUUUGAACACUUUAUAUCUAUCAUAAAUAUACAGUGAAGAAUAUUUAUUGCCUUUAAGAUUCGGAAUGAAAAAUUUUUUGACUAAAACGGCCAAGAGAAAAUGCUAAAGUAUCUAGAAUGUGGCCAUAAUCGCAUUUUUGUAGUUGGAGAUGUCCGAACAUUUUCGGAAACUAAUGUCAAUAACUUAAGAAUGACUGAACGCAUUUUAUCAAACUUCGAGUUAUGAAAAGGGGCUCUUCUUAGGCUACCAACCCUUGCCCUAAACGAUUUGAUUUAGAUUGCUUGUAUAAUGGUUGGUAUUAACUAUACGAUACAUCUAUAUUGUACAUAAUAUGUAUAGCAACGCUGUGCAUAGAGCGGCAAGGAGAGUGUGUGUGUUCUGUGACUAGAGAACAGUGAGCAGUACCAUGAAAAUAUAAGAUGUUUGUGCAACAAGUUCUGUAUUUUCCUUUUGUGUAUGUGUACUGAUAUAUAGCAUAUUAAGAAAACAGUCUUUAAAAAUAAUUUCAUUUUCACCUGGUCGCUUUAGCGGGAAAAUUUUCUGACAAUUACUUUGUGAAUUGGAUUUGAUUGCACUUUUACUUCGUAAUUGUCCAUAAAAGGGUUUAUAAAUAUUUAUAAAAUUUCUUUUUACAUGCCGAUUCGUUUUGAGAUUUCGGUGUGUUUAAUUUCGUUGAACAUUUUUGACUCAAAUUAAAAGGAAAAAAUGACAAAAUGUAAUUUGGCAGAAAAAAAAUUAUGAAUGGUACAGAGCACUUCAAAUCAAAAAUAUCUUGAGAACCAUUAAAGAUUACUUUUUUUAAAAGAAAUUUAACGUCUAAAUGCCUUUUUGUUGUGCAAAUUUUUAAAUUUGAAAUUUUUAUUUUUUUAGGUUAUUCAUUGCCUUUUGAUAACAAUUAUAUAGUAAACUUUUCUUUCUUUCCAGAAGUAGGAUCAACUGCCUUGUUUUUAAUGAAACACCCUGUAUAUUUUCCCAUUUUUUUCCUAUUCCUAUUUUUGUAUUCCAACUUCGAAAUAUUCUUUAUCUUUUUUUCGAUAGCUUUAGUAGUUUUGGAAAUAGAUUAGACUAGUGGUAUAGUGAACUACUCUAAAUAGUGAACAAUAUUUUAUUAAUGUAUUCUAUGGAGGGAACGAUGUGGCGCUCGAAAUAAUGAACCUAAAAGAAUUUGUCAGUCAACAAACACAGUAAUACAGGAAAAGGAUUUUAAACGUUUUGUUUUCUUUUAUGUAAUUGGAUCACAGCAGUGUCUUGCGGAUUGUGAUCGGUCAGGUCGAUUCGCGAGUGAAGUAACGGGGUUUGUGAAAAUUGACUGUCCACUGUAUGGCAUAAUUUAUGCGGGGGGCAAAAGGAUAAAGAAAUUUUUAAUAUAGAUGAAACGGGAUUAUAAUGUCGAAUGUUGUCAAAUAAAACCAUGACGUUUCAGGGUGAAAAAUACGUAGGCGGAAAAAUUUCUAAGGGACAGGCUAACUGUUUUUGGUGGAGCUAAUAUGACUGGUAAAAUAAAACUUGUGGUUAUUUUGAAGGCCCCCACGCUGCUUUAAAAAUAUAAAAACCCCGCCAAUUGAUUACGAAAAUAAUGCAAAAGCAAACUGUUUAGUUCUAGUUUUUACAGCCGAAUGCAACUUUGGUGCUACAGCCAAUGGAUCAGGGAGUAAUCAAGGCUUUAAAAACUGACAGCUAACAAAAGUCCUAGAAAAAUAUUACUUCUAAUCACCUUUACAAAAUAAACAUUUUGGAGGCCAUUUUUUUUUAAUCACAAGCUUGGGAUCACGUUUCCCAACAGACAAUUUCAAGAUGUUUUAUGGAUUUAUCGCCCUGCCGGACGAUCACGCAAGUUCUUCCACUUUCAGAGUGGACUAACCUUCAAAGCAAAAAUGACCCCCCUGAAGAUGAAAACUUACCUCUAGCAGACUGGAUCCGUGACUUACCUACGAUUUUGUAAUCCAAGAAAACUGGGAAAAUUUUGUAGAUGUUGAUGAGGUUCUGACAAUCACGAAUGAAUUAUACGGCCCAAAAAUUUUGGAACGUUCAAGAGAGGGUGAAAAAAGUUAUGAAGAGGAAGAGGAACUGGUUACCGACGAAUAUCAACCAUCAGCUAUAACGGAAUUAAAACUGUCAGUCAUUUGUUUGUUUAGUGAUAGGCAAGAUAUUGUAAAUCCGAAUUUAGUGCACCUAGAAAAUAUGAUUAGUUUAGUUUUUAGUUUAUUCAUUUUUUUGUUGAGUUGUUUGUAUGCAGUUUUUAGUUUUUUUUUGUUGAGUUGUUUGUAUACAGUUUUUAGUUUAUUCAUUUUUUUUGUUGAGUUGUUUGUAUGCAAAUGUCAUUAAGUAUGUACAUAUAUAAUACAUAUGUAACAUACAUACAUAACAUACGUAUAUAUACGCCUAUAUAAUAUGUGUACAUCUGAAAAUAUCCCAUGUUUUAUAAUUUUAUUUUAAUUAAAAGUUAAAGAGAUAUAAUCACUUUUUCAUAAUAAAUAUACAUAACGCAUUUUGUUACUCAUAACGAUGCUCUGUUAUAACUACCGAAAUUAAGCGGUCCGUUCAGUGUCGUUAUAACCGAUAUACACUGUAUCAGGAAAAAUGAAAACCUAAGACAUUGAGAGUGUCCAUGAAUGGAAAAGGCUCUGUAUAAGUGGUUCCUAAGACAAAGAGAGAAGAAUCUUCCAGUCACCGGUUUAAUGAUCCAAGAGAAUGAAUACAAAGAAUCCUGUUCGUUCCAUGCAAGCAGCGGCUGGUUGCAAAAAUAUAAAAGGCGCUUUGGAAUACGUUUUCUUAAAGAUUUCAGGCGGAAAUUUUAAUCACAGCCUGAGCUUGUUGAUCCUUUCAAAAAAAAUCUAAAAGAAAUAAUUUAAGAUCUUCAACUGUUGAAACAUCAGAUUUAAAACGCCAACGAAACUGGCUUAUAUUGAAAGCUUUUUUAUGUAGCUUGCGAGGAGAAAACAGCUUCAGGAAGAGAAGCCGAAAAACAAAGAUUGACAUUUCUAACAUGACUGGAAAAUCCAAAAAUCCUAGUUAAUUCUAGAAAAUCCAAAUUUACUUAAAAGAAUAGUUUCAUAAGAUAUUUCCAAAGGUAAGUUUACCAUGGGAGAAUAUUUUACUUUUACGAACAAAAAUGACAUAUUUCAUCUGUGUAAAAAGUUUGCCACAACUUUUUCUAUUUCUUGCUGUUCAUGCUUGUGAUUUAGGGUUUUGUUGCAACUAAUUUCAGGUGACAAAGUUCCUAUAUAGUCAAAAUCUGCAAGUUAUCAACAAUACAACGCAUCAAUUCAUCCACCCCCUGAAAAGUUAAAAAGUGAUCCUUUUUUGAUUCUUUAUAUGUUAUCUAAAUUUACUCGAUUGAUACAACCGAUGAACUAAAAUGCGAUUCGUUAAACAAAACUUUGUUGUCGAAGGUUAUCGUUACUGGUCAGUUUUGAGUUUGGUGCUGGCAUGGAAAAACUUAUAGCCUCAAGUUAUAAUCAUUAGCCAAUCAAGAUGAACAUGAAGAAGAAAUUCCUUUAAGUGUUCUAAUAAGUCGAAUAGAAAAUGAGGAAAUCGCUAUAGUACGCUACGAUAAAGAAGAUGAAAAUGGCCAAGAUCAAGGACGAGAAGAAGUUCAACUAAUAAGAAAAUGUGUGACAACUGAAUCUGCGAUCAAUUGAAUUUUAUUCAUCGGACUGAAGAAAAUGAAGUGGAAUCCCCCAGUCUACUCAUUUUACAAAACUUUUUUUCUAUUAUACCAUGAGUCUUUACUUAGACGGCGCAGGUUUUUCCAUAUAUCAACGAGUAAAUUAGGCAAUUUUUGCCAGUCGUUAAAAUUGGACAAAUACAAAUACACCCAAGGCUCCCGGUGGGAAUCG